AUGGGUUGCACUUAGAUGACAAAUGUCACAAUAAAGAAUCCAAGAAUUAAGAAUUUUUUUGAUUAGUGUCAAUAUUAUGGUUUUAGUAAAUCGCAAGUAAAAAAAUAAAGAAUGUAAGGUGGUGAAAAUAACAGAAUAUGAUUUUCAAUAUUGUAGAGGAAAUAAGAGUUGGAAAUCUAAUUAUACAAAAUCAAUUUUUAAUGAAUAAAAUCCUGUCCUAUUAUCUCCUUGUUUACCUGAUAAUUUUGAUAAUUUGAUUAUUGGUAUGACAAAUUUCAAAUAAUUAUACCCAGAGGAAUUUAAGGAUUUUCCUAAAAAUUUAGGGUAAUUAUAAUUCAUUAAGCAUAUUAGAAUGUUAUUAAGUUUAGGUGAUUAAUUCCCAAGUUUUAAAGCUGAAAGAUUAGGGACAAAUUAAAUUACUACUUAUUAAAUAUAAUAGAAUGUAGUAACAAUAUUUGUGUUUUGGAAAUUGGAAGAAGAAAAGAAAAUAGGAAAGAUGUCAUUAAUAAGAACAAGGAAUAUUAAUAAUCGUUUUAGAGAUGAUAAUGAAUCCUAAAUUUAUUUAGAAAGUGCAUAUAUAAGAGCAAAGAAGUCAUUAAAGCGUCCACUUAAUUUAAUAGGAAUUUGUUUAGAUAAUUAAGAUAAGAAAGGAUUAUAUGAAUAAGUGAUAUCAAAUGAGGAUACUCAUAUUUGGAUAAAUGAGAAUGAUUAAUCAGCUUAAGUAUUUAAAUUUGCAGAGGAUCCAAAUAAUUAAAUAAGAUAGUUGGAAUAAUCAAUUUAUAUAAUAAAUUCAAAGGGAGUUUUUAUAGGAUGUUUAAAAGAGAAUUUUGGUGAUCAUUCAUUUAUUCAUGAAAUAAAUGAUUUAAUUGAUGGAGAGAUUAAGUAAUAAGAGACAAAUGAAAUAUUGAAUAUAAAAUAAAGAAUAAGAAAGGAUGAUUAUUAGAAAGUUAAGAAAUUAAUAUUGGAAGAAUUACCAAACAAAAAUAAAUCACCAAUUGGAGAUACAUUUAGUAUAUCAAUAAAAAAACAUACUUUCUUUAGAGAUUAUUCAAAAGUAGGAGCUACUUAUUUUAAUCCUAUAUUUAAAGCUUCUGGAUCUAAGAAAUAUAAAUAAAAUUGUGAUGAUUUAAUAUAAUUUGUGAAGGAUUUUACACCAAUAGCUCAUAUGGAGACAGAUUUUAAGUAACAUCAUUCUAUAGAUAAGAAACAAUUCUUUGAGAAAUUAAGUCGAAAAUUAAUGUAUUAAUGAUAUUUAUAUAGAAAUAUAGGUUAUGAGGAUAUAAGGUUUAUUCUGGAGAAGAGUAUAGAAAUUUACUAUGAUGAAAAUUCAAAACGUUUAGAGAUGAAAAGAGAAAUAACAUCUAUGCAUAAUGCUCCAUAAUCUAUAAGUUGUGUUUAUUCAAGGAAAGAAUCUCUUUAGAAAUUGGGUAAAUAGAUAUUUGCUUAAUCUGAAAAUUAUACACAUAAAGAAUUGGAAUUAUUAAAAGAAUUCUUUGGGAAUCCUUAUUCUCUUAAGUAUAAAUAAAUGAUAAUAUAGAACUUCUUUCAAUAUUGGCACUCUUUUUUCACCUAUUCCAAAUACAUAUAAAAUGCAACAUAAUGAUUUUUCUGGAAGUAGUUAAAUUAUGCAAUCAAUCAUUUAAACAAAUAAUAAAGGAAUAUUUGAUAGUAAAUUAGUUUAAUCUGUGAAUUAAUCUAUUGAUGAUUAGAAUUAACAUUUUGGAAUAACAGAAUAAAUUAAAAGCAAUUAAAGUCAUAUUGAACUUAGUGAAGGUUGGGAUGGUGAUAAUAAAGUGGAUUUGAAUUAUGAUUAAAUUCAUUCAAUUCAUUAACUAAACAAUGAAGUUCUAAUUAUAUUUUUGAUUGAUUACACUUUAGACAAACAUAUAGAAUUAUUGCAUCAAUUACUUGAUUUUAUUAAACGUAAAUAAUGGACGAAUGCAAAUGUAAGAGUAAUAGGAUUAGAGAAAAAAAGAUCUGAGGAAUAGUUUUAAAGAUAAAUGAAUAGAUUGGAGAAUGAAAUGAAGAGAGGUAUUUUUGAAGCUUGGUUUCCACUUGAAUAAUCAUUUUUAGGAAUUAAUUUUUAUUAAAUCUUAUCUAAUUUAUAUGGAUUAGAUUCUAUUUCUCCUAUUUUAGUUAUUGAUCAUUUAGGAAGAUUACUUUAUUAAGGUUAACCUGAUUCUAAAUUUGCACCAUUAUUAACUAAAAUCAUUAAUCAGGAAUCUUUAAAAACAAGUAUAAUUUAUAAUAUUAAAAAUAAGUUCAUCCAGUAGAUAGACCAUUAAAACAUAGAAUUGAUUUAGCUUAAUAUAAUAGAGAAUGGAGGAUUAUUAAAUAAUAUGGAAGUGAAACUGUCUAUUUUAGUCAGACUGUUUAAUAAACUCUAAGAUAUUUAGAGAAAAUGCCCUUAAGAAAAUCAGAAUCUUGGAAAAUACAAAUCAACUAAUUCUAAUUAUGGAAUGAAAAUGGAGACUUUGUUAGAAAAUGUUAUGAAAAACCUAAAAUCAUAUUUAAAUUUGAAAGACCUGAAUUAACAGUCAAAUUUUAUAAUGUAGUUGAAGAAAUAUAAAGAUUACUUGGUAAAGAAAGAAUUGAAAUAAUUGAUUUAAAUGCUUAAAUACUUAAAGAAAUAAAUAAUUUAUAAGGUGAAUAAUUAAUUAAAUGA